AUUUUUAAUUUUUCAUUUCUCUCUUGUAUAUAUUAUAUUUGUAUAUUGUCUUUGUUUUCAUAUUGCACACUUGGAUUGCAAAAAAGGCUUUUUUUUUUUUGCUGAAAAAUAUUGGUUGGGGGUAAUGCCAAGUCCAGUGGAUUUAAAAAAAGAUAGAAAUUUAGUGAGAGCUUUGUAUUCAAAAGGGACAGUUGGUUUAUGGAAGUACGAGGUGGUAGAUGAUAACGUUGACAAAGUAAACUAUAUACGACGUUUAACGAAAAUGAUUACCAGUGUGCAGCGGGCGGGCAUCGCGGCGGCAGUGCCGUCGUAUUGCUGCUCCUGUAAAUAAUGUCAAAUUUUUAAAAAAAUUAAUAAUUACAUUAAUUAUCAAAUCUAACAUCAGUUGUUGAAAUUAAAUAAAUAAAUAUAUUUAUUAUAAAUUCAAAAAUUAAUUAUAAAUAUAAUAAAAAAAAAAACAAAUAAAAAUUGCUGAAAAUUUGUUUAACAAAUGAAUAGGUUUCGUGUGUUUUUGUAUGAAAAAAAUAUAAAAAAAAAAUAUAAUAAUAUUUAAAAUAAAAGAGGGAGCUGCCGCACCUAUUUGUACUCUUUUGAGGAAGAUGCGACUACCGAGACUUGACAUGAGCCCUGAGGCUCCCUGAUAAAGGAUCACGGGGUCCGCAUUACUGCGGUUGAUAUCACAAAAACUAAAAGCUUCAGGCACAAUUGCCAGAAAAAAAAAAAACCAUUAAAUAACGAAAAAAACAAAGUGAUUGGUUAAUUUUUUUUUUUUUUUUCAUUUAUUUUAUUUAUUAUAUUAAAUAAUAAAUACAGUGAUUUGUGAAAAUUGAUUAACGAAAAUAAUAGGGUGUUGUUUUGUGUCUGUGAUUAAAUUUUAUUAUAUCAUGUGAAUGAUCAAGAUGAUGAUGAUGAUGUCAGUGUAUAUAUAUAGUGAAUAGUUAAAAAAAUAAAAUAAGCAUGAAGUCUUUAAAUUUUAAAUUAAUGGUAACAUUAGUUGUAUUAUUUUUUACAACAAUGUUACCCACGAGGGGCCAUCGUCCACUUCCAAAUGAAGCCCAAGAUAAUGAUGAUAAUACAUCAUUAGAAUCAUCAAUAAAAAAUAUAAUUGAUGAUAAUAAAAAUUCAACAAUAAUAAAUAAACAUAAAAAAAAUAAUAUAUACAAUAGUUACAAUGAAACAUUACAUCAUUUAUCACAUUUUGUUAAAAAUCAAAAUUCAUCACGUUUUAAUAUAAAUAAUAAAAAUACAGAAGAAUUAUCAGAAAAAACACCAUUAUUUCCAGAAGAUUUUUUUACAAGAGAAGAACGUAGAAAUGGUGCUGUUUUAUUUCAUAUAAUUGGUGUAAUAUAUAUGUUUGUUGCAUUAGCAAUAGUAUGUGAUGAAUUUUUUGUACCAUCACUUGAUGUAAUUAUUGAAAAAUUUGAUAUUGCUGAUGAUGUUGCUGGUGCAACAUUUAUGGCUGCUGGUGGUUCAGCACCAGAAUUAUUUACAUCUGUUAUUGGUGUAUUUGUAUCAUUUGAUGAUGUUGGUAUUGGUACUAUUGUUGGUUCAGCAGUAUUUAAUAUAUUAUUUGUUAUUGGUAUGUGUGCAAUAUUUUCAAAAACAGUAUUAACAUUAACGUGGUGGCCAUUAUUUCGUGAUUGUACAUUUUAUAGUAUUAGUUUAUUAACACUUAUUUAUUUUUUUCGUGAUAAUAAAAUACAUUGGUAUGAAGCACUUGUAUUAUUUUCAAUUUAUAUGGCCUAUGUUAGUUUUAUGAAAUGGAAUCAACCAACUGAAAAAUUAGUCAAGAGAAUAUUAUACAGAAAUAAAGUUACAAGAGUUAGAUCAACAGAUCAGCUGAUGCCAUCACACCAGAGCGCUGUCCAGGCAUUGCAUCCAAAUGCAACAAACAGCAGUGAAACAAGUGUUGGUGGUACAUCUGGUGCAUGUGGAAGUAGUGGUGUUGCAAUAAAUAAUGAUGCUGGAUGCAGUAGCCGAGGUGGAAGUAGUAGUGGACAAGGAUAUGAACAACCAUCUCAUACUUCAAGAGAAAGUCAUGCUAAAUUUCGUCAUGGUCUUUUACAAUUGAUGAUACAUACGAUUGAUCCUCUCCACGAUGGUCAGUCCCAUGCCGGUAAAGUGGAUGAAAAAGCAACUCAAUUGCAUGCAAUAGCAUCGUUAAAAGUAUUAUUGGAUGCGACAAAAUCACAAAAUGGUGCUGCAACAACAACAUCAGCACAUUAUGCAAAUACAAUUGCAAAAGAAACAUCAUUACAAUUACAACAAGGUUCACAAGGUAUAACAACAACCACAACAACAACUGGUACAAAUUCUGGUAGUCAAGAACUUCCAAAUGGUGGAAUAUCAUCUGGUCUUGAUGCUGGUCUUGAAUCGGGUGAAGAAGAUGAACCACCAGAAGCACUGGACAUGGCAUGGCCAAGUAGUUCAAAAAAACGACUCACUUAUAUUUUAGUUGCACCAAUUUUAAUUCCUCUAUGGUUGACUUUGCCUGACACACGAACUCCACGAGGUAAAAAGUUUUUUGCAGUAACAUUUAUUGGAUCAAUUAUUUGGAUUGCUGCGUAUUCAUAUUUGAUGGUUUGGUGGGCAAAUGUUGCUGGUGAUACAAUACAAAUACCACCAGAAGUUAUGGGUUUAACAUUUUUAGCUGCUGGAACAAGUAUACCUGAUUUAAUAACAAGUGUUAUUGUUGCACGUAAGGGUUUUGGUGAUAUGGCUGUAUCAAGUUCCGUUGGUAGUAAUAUAUUCGACGUAACUGUUGGGCUUCCGGUACCGUGGCUUCUUUAUGGUAUAAUCUACCAAAAACCAGUCGAAGUCAACUCGGUCGGAAUGGUCUGCAGCAUCGCUAUACUCUUCGGUAUGCUGAUAUUUGUGAUAAUGAGUAUUGCAUUUUUCAAAUGGCGAAUGAAUAGAGGCCUUGGUUUUACUAUGUUUCUACUGUAUUUUGUAUUUGUUGCUGUUUCACUUAUGUUUGAAUAUCAAAUAAUAACUUGUCCAGUUUAAAAAAUUAACAAAAUAAAAAUAAAUUUUAAGAGAAAAAAAAUUAUUCAAACACCAAUAAAUAAUAAUAAAACGCAAAUUGAAAAUAAUAUAAAUAAUUCAAAAGACGCCGACAAUAAUUAUUCCAAUUGAAUUAUUAAAUUACAUAAAAAAUUAACAAAAUUAAUUCAAAAAAAAAAUCAAAUCUCAAUGAAUUUCCACGACAAUUAUUUCAUUUAAUUUUCAAAUAUAUUUUACAAGAAUGAUGGUCCAUCGUUAACUAUUGUUAAAAUAAAAAAAAAAUUAUAUUUAUAUUUAACAUUAGUGUUAUCAUCAACACUCAAAUAUUUACUUAAAAUUCUCUUGAAUUUAAUUAUUUUUUUUUUACAUUAGAGAGAGUUACACAGUUGCUGUUCAAAUAGGUCAACAUGAAUUGUCCAGUAGAUCGUGAUAAUAUAAAAUAAAAGAAUAAUAAUAAUAAUAAAAGGGUUAUAUUUAAAUAUAAAAAAAAAAAAAAAUUCAUUGUUUAAUUAUAAAGUAUACUCUGCCCCCGGUUAAAAUAUUUUAAAUAAUAUAAAAGAACACUCGAUUGUCAUGAAGUCGAUAUAUCAUGUUUUACGUUUUUCCUGUUGAACAAUAUAUCUAAUAUAUAUUUAAUUAUUAUUAGCUGGUAAAAAUAAUAUUUAAAUAAAUUUUUCGCAAUUUUAUAUUUAGUAAUUAUUAAAUUUUAAAUGAGCCAUUGAUUAUUUAAGAAAAUAUAUAUUGUAAAAUUUAUUAGAAUUUUUGUAGAAUUAUAUGAAAAAUUCGUUUGACUAUUUAAUUGUGCAUCGAGUGUUAGUAAUGUUUAUAAAAAAAUAUAUGUAUAUUAAAAUUUUACAAUGUACCUUACUUUUGUUAAAGAUACAAUAAUUUCAUUUUAAAAUUUAAAUAUUGUUGAUUAUUAAUGUUGACAGGCCUAAUAAUUAUUGUGGUCUUAUUUUAAAAUCAUAAAUAUAUUAUAAAAAAUUGUUAAAGUUUAUUUAAAGUUUAUUUUUUAAUUAAUAUAUAUUAAAAAUAUACAGAAAAAUAUUAAAUUAUUAAUUAAAAAAUUUUUAAAGUUUAUGAUAUUAUUAUUAUUCAAGUUUUACAUUGUUUAUAUUGACGAUGUUUUCGACCUUCGUUCUUGUAACACACAUAUUAUAUUCAACUUGUAACUUCAGUGUUUUAUUUUUAUUUUUUUUUUAUAUUAUUUAUGAUAAACAAUAGUACUUGAAUAUUGGAAAAUAAGAAAAUUUAAAAUUUAAAUAAAGAAGGUUAUUAAUAAAGUUCAUUGAAGAAAAGAAAAAAAAACGUCGGCGUCUAUUUUAACAAAAAAAUAUGUAUAAAUAUUUUUGUGAAAGAUUUUUCGAAUAUGAAUAAUGAAAAUAAUCAAUAAAAAAUGUCGCGAUGCUCGGUAAAUCAUCAAAUUUUUCGGGAAGGAAUUAUUACGUUGGAAAAAAAAUUAUCAAAAUACUAAAAAAAGUAAAUUUUAAAAUUUAAAUAUAAUAAAAAUUAUUGACGUCAUUUAAAUUCAAGUUAACAAAAAAAAAUAAUUAUUAAAAAUAUCUAAAAUAUCGUUAUUACUAUUUAAUAACAAUUUAAAAAAUUAUUAUGCACAAUAAGAUCUUCCCGAAGUAUAUCGCAAGAAAAAUAUUAUAAAAAGAAAAAAAUAUCUUAAAAAUUAUAUUGUAAAACUCAGUAUUAGAAAAUUGUUUUAAAAAAUUUUCAGACGAAUAAAUAAAUAAUUUAAAUAUAUUACAUAAUUUGUUAUGUAAUAUUUAUAAAAAAUAUUCGAAAUUGUUAUUGGCAUUAAUCAAUUGAUACGGAGAAAUUCACGGAAAAUACGAGGAUAUUUAGGGGGUUGGCAAUAUAACCAUCUCAAGCUCAUUGUAAUUUUUUCUGUAACCUUUAUAAAUAUGUUUCUAUUUUUCCCCGUAAAUUUCUCCGUAUACAGUACCAAUAGCACCAUCGAAAAAUAUUUUUAAAAAUCAGUAAACGUGCGACUGCUUGUGCUUCGUGUUUUUCAUUGCGUGACUUACUCACCACUAAAUUACAUUUUAUAAAUGACACAUCAAAUGCCCCAUCAUUAACGAUGUCUAAUAAACUACUUGAAAAAACAAAAUUAAUUAAUGUUACAACAAACAAAUAAAUAC